GUUCAUUAGAGUCUGACAGUUUGAUGAUUAAAGUUUAUGUUAACAUAAUUGACGUAAAAUAAAUUAGAAUGUCAUCCUUUUUAUAUUUUCAAAUCUUCUUAACUUUUCUCUGCUUCAGUGGAACCAUUGGAGAUGAAGAGCCUGUUCGUCGCACUAAUAUUCCAAUAGCUCUCCACAAUUCAUCAAAGCCAUCAAUGUGGACUAGGAUCCCAGUGGGCUAUGAAAUAACACCUGGUAUUGGUGCACUUAAGAUCAAUCAACGUCGUGUAUCAUGGAACCAAGCACGUAAUUUGUGUAUUCAAGAAGGAGCACAUUUGGCAGUAAUUAAUUCCACUGCUGAGGCAAGAAUCAUAGUGCAAAUGGCUUAUGAAUUGGGUGUCUUUGGUAAUAUAUGGAUAGGAAUCCAUGAUAUUUUUGAAGAGAAUGAUUGGGCGACAAUUCAUGAUCAACCUUUGUCAAAUGUUGGUUGGCUUAAGUGGGCAGCUGGACAGCCAGAUAACUAUUAUCCUGGUCAAAAUUGUGGUUCACUAACAGCAAGAGGAGUUUACGAUGAUUCUUGCAGAAUCUUAUUUCCAUUUGUCUGUAAAAUAUUACUGCCUGAUAGCUUGUGAUUUCACUAUAUAAAUGUUGAUCAAUGUUGAUAUACCUGGUACAUUAUUCAAAUAAAUAUUCUUUAUGAUGCUGUGAAA